AUGCAUGGCCCGUGUCACGCAUUCGGAGAAAAUUGUCAAGAAUUGGUCAAUAAUUUAUUAGACAGCGAAGAACGAGAAAACAAUUUAGUCCGAGAUUAUGUUACAAAUAAUCAUGCUACAUUUUCACGCCAUCAGAAAACCAAUGAUUUACAUGGCUGGAUACCCCAAUAUCAUGAAGUAAAUAAGCCACGCAGCAGUCAUAAAUCAGCUUUUUCUGCUCCUUCUAGCCAGCACAGUAAAAAGUCAUCAUCAACAUCAGCCAAUAAUUUGCCAUUUCAUCGGUUAAAUAGCAAACCAAGCAUUGAUUAUAAAUUUCAGCAUUUCCAGCAAAGUGAGAGAUACAUUGAACAAUAUCGUGAAAAUCAUACUAUUGGCUUAAAUCGAUUAGAAAUUAAGCAGGAUGAUGAAAAUACUUUAAGAAAACAGGAUGACGAUUGUGAUUCACAAAAACAAGCUAAAGAGAGGCGUACCUAUGAACAUCAGUUAGCAUUGUAUAAGCAGCGAAAUGGGAACUCAUCACCACAUCAGCAACAUGACGUGAUUAUUAACGAAUCAUUUGAUGAAACGGCUCAUGAUCACGAGCAACCGGAUAAAAGGGGGGCCACUUUCUGGAAGAAAUUUAGACAACCACUCUCUACUAAUGCCUCAAAUGAUAGUAUGCAACAUGCAAGAUCGCAAGGAAAUCCUAAAUAUAAUGUUAAAUCUAUCCCAUCAGCUGCAGCUGUUAGCACAGGUUACUUUCGACCACUGAGUAAAAGGAAUCAACUACGCAAUAGCAGUAAUCACUUUAAGUCUAUUACCAAAACUGCACUACAAGCUAAAAAUAAGUACCCGCCUAACGGAUUACAAGCUGCAAUUCCAACGAGCAUUAAUGGCACGACCAAUGCUACGCCUCGUCAAUUAAUGGAUAGUUACAAGCAUUCAAAGCCAGCGGCUCCCGUGCAAAUGAUAACUAAAGUUAAUAAUCGCAAUCGUAUCAACAAAAUAACUUUAAUCUAUCGAGAUAUACCAUCAGCAAUGAUAUCUUAA